CAAGAAUCUGGUUAUCAAAGCAAAUUUGGCACAGAUAUAGAGUGAAAACGCUUGCGUAGGAGGGCCUUCCUCAAAAAAGACUCAAUAUUGAUCAGUUGACGAUUCCAGAAUAAACCGUCUGGUGUAUUUGGUUAAUAAACCGGAAGCUUUAAUUAUAAAUACGCAUAUUUUUAUUUGAUUUCAAAUGGCUUUUGAUAGUCAAUAGAAGAACGAACGCGAGGCUUUCAAAGUUGGCAAAGGGGAGACACGAGGGACAUAUGCUAAAAUUGCGGCUGGUCACUACACAUUUCCUGAAACAGCCAUAGUGUUAGAAUGUGUCGCGAUAGGGAUAUGAGCGGUUAAGUUCCUUUAUUUGUGUCACAUUCUAAGCAAAUUUCAAUAACUUCUCUACUAUUGCGAAUUUUUGAUUGUAUUUUUCAACCGUCGUUUUUGCAUUGGAUUAUCAGUAAUUAUAACGAGAUACUGUAAUGAAAAGUACUGUCUCAAAGGAAGAGACGCCACAAAAGUUUGUGGCCAAAAUCCAAUACGACCAUCGAAUAUGUAAGGUGAAAAAGAUUUCGUUGCCAGUGGGCAACCGGCCAGUACCACCAGGAGGUACUUUCGAUGAGGCAAAAGCUGCGUGUAAGGCGCGUAAGAGAAAAGAGCGACAGGAAAGUCUUAGUUCGCAACAAGAUAGGAAAGUAAUCAGAUCAAACUCAGAAGAAAGACCCACGACAACAUCGGCCUCGGAUAAUUCAGAAGACAAAAACAAUGGCAUACGCAGAGUUUCGAGCUCGGGAGACUUUCCAAAAAUCGAAGAAAAAAUCAAAUCACCAUUCAAGAAACAAGAAGCAACAGAAAAGACACUUACCUACGACGAUUCUGAGCACGACAAAAGACGAUCACAUGAAAGAUUUGCUAAAUCCCAUAAUGUUCUCAGCCGGAAACACCCGAACAAACGUCUCAAAGUGCGAUGUUCAAACAAAAUCAAAUUCAAAUAUGAUUUACAAGAGAGUAUUAAAAGGAAUGUGUCUACUACUAUUACAGCUCAAGCAACCCAAAAACAAACAUUGAACCUGGACUACGAACCCACAAAGAACACAGAUAACCAGGACCAUGACUCAAAUCAAUAUCCAGAUUCUUGCAGUCCAAUCAAAACCACUCUACUAGAUUUCACCACCCUGCACCAACAAAUCGAGGGUUCCGAACCAGUUCUUUCCCAUCCCAAACACGAAGUGCAAGAAAACAUUGAAACCAUGCCCAGUGAAUAUAUCGCUUCGAGCCGUUUAAUGUCUUCGCCGAGAAAUUCUAUAAUAGCCACCCACAAGAUUUAUUUGGAUCCCGAUAUUGCGCAGAUUUCAUUGAAAAAAUCCGGCCAGAAUCCAGUGGAAGAACGUAUCCAGAAAAUUAAUAAGCAAAUAAAUAGUUGUAAGCGGAAGAUUUUGAUAAGUGAAGCGGAUUUUGAAGCUAGAAAUGGCACAAAACCAUCUCAAACCGAUAAGCUCAACGAUGACAUCAUAAGAAAAUUGUACCUGCAACUCAACAAAUUGAAAAAAGAACAAAAGCAACUAUCAGAAAUUUCCGUGGGAUGUUCUAGAAUGAAUUUGAGCGGCAGUGGCAUACCAGUGGAAAAGAUUGUUAGUUUACAGGAAACUGUCAAGGAAAUUGAACAAAAACUGUCAGUUAAACGUGAAGCUGCCAACAGAAAUUUCGAUUUGGAAAGUUUAACAGCCGAACAAUUGUUUGAGGAAAAAGUUGCAACUCAAAAAGCUUUAUUAUUUUUAGAGUCGAUCCACGGUAGGCCCCAAAGUAAAGAAGAACGCGACAUUGUGAGGCCUUUCUAUGACCGAUAUCGCAUACUCAAGAAAAUGGUAGCUAGAAUUUCAAACAUUGGCGCAACUGGUGAAUUAGCAACAAUUCACGAAAACGAAGCCUUGAAUUUUGUAACACCAAAUACAUCCUCCAAUGAAACAGAAUCAGAAAAAACCGAUGACACGCCAGACAAAAUUGAAGAAACAAACGAAAACGAAAAUUUGCAUUGCUUAGACAAGCAGGAUCUUCUGAAGCAAAUCAAAUCGGCUUCGGAAGAAAAAAAAGAUUUAAGGCGGCAAAUAAAAGAGUUUGAAAUUGAGGUGCAAGCGAAAGUGUGCAGGAUGCUGACUAAAGAAGAUAAAAAACCAAUGGGAGAGGUUUAUGCGGCUUAUAAGAGGGUCAAAGGCCAGUUGAGGUUAUUGGAAGCACUGUUUGCUAAAUAUUGAAUUGGGAUUCCCCGUAAAAAUAUCCACACGUAGGGUUAUGAUUGGUUGUAGGGCCGUAAUUUGCCUAGCCAAUUUACUUUCAAAUAGUUAUAAAGUGAUGUUUUAUAGUGUUUAAUUGAUAUAGUUGAAGCAACAAGAAAAUAUGUAUUAAAGAAAAUUGUUGUUUAAUAAAAAAACAUCGAGGUUUUUCUGAA